AUCAUAGAGGGCGCUACUGUAGCCCAUUAAGAAAUGGCUGCGAACUGAUUUUAUUUUCGUAGUGCAUUCUAUUGAAUCCUAUGAAUACUAUGAAACUAUAUGUCAUCGCCUAAAAAAAUUUCAAAAUAUUUAUGUUUUACACGUUUAUCUAUCCCUUUUUUAUAUUAUUUUAAUUUCCAGAAUGAAACAGUGUUAAAUGAAUUUUAGGUAUGAUUAAAGACGCUCGUCACUCGCUUCAUGCUUGGCGGCCAUGUCUGAAGCUCGCUUGGACCUUUGAGAGUUCGUGUUGUGCUAUUCUUUGUUGUAUAAAAAAGACAGUGGUUUUUGUAUCUAGUAGACAAUGAAUUUGAAACGAUAUAAAUGACUAUGAACUUUUUAAAAUGUGGAGUGUUUGAUGUAGUUAAGCAAAUCGAUAGAAAUUGUUUUUGCAGAAGUUACUCCAACAUCGUAUUUUUAGUUCAUCCGCCAUAUUGGCGUUAAUAUAUCUUCUUGUAAAGCUCUAGUUGGUGGGGCAAGUGCUACAUCAACGUGUUUGCAUUAUCAGUACUUGCAUCCACACAAAUAAGGCAAGGUCUUAAAAUUAGUUAAAUGAAUAAAAUGAAGUACAUCUAGGUGCAAAUGCACCAUAUUUAUUAUGAUAGAAAGGUUAUAUGUGAUAAGAGGAUUUAGCUGAUGCCUCUUAGCCAGAAAUUGGAUGAGCCUCUUGUUACAAUUGAGGUAGAUCGCAGACUCCAGCACAAUGCAGCAGGCAGUCGAUCCACUUGCUACAACAAGCACUCCGAUGUCGGAACCCGUCAAUGGGGCGUCCUCGGAGGAGGCUCCUCGUCGACAGGGUCGUAUGACGAACCAGCUGCAGUUCCUACAGAAGAAUGUGAUAAAGGCAGUGUGGAAACAUAAAUUUGCGUGGCCUUUCCAUCAACCAGUAGAUGCAAAGAAAUUAAACCUACCUGAUUAUCACAAAAUCAUCAAAAAGCCUAUGGAUUUAGGCACAAUAAAAAAGCGUUUAGAGUCAAACUACUACUACUCAGCUCAAGAAUGCAUACAGGAUUUCAAUACCAUGUUCACAAAUUGUUAUGUUUACAACAAACCUGGAGAGGAUGUAGUGGUGAUGGCACAAACAUUAGAAAAAUUAUUUUUAAAUCGGAUAGCGCAAAUGGACAAGGAGGAGAAGGAGAUCGAGAUGCCUUCGAACAGUGGGAAGAGUGGUGUGAAGAAGCGAGUGGGUGGUUCAAGUGUAGGCGGACCUCCGAUGGCAGGAACGGGUUCAAUGCCCGCUUCACCGGCUCUCACUUCUCGUGCAGCCGUUAAACCGCUCCCGCCGGCGCCGCAUCCCAACUUUGUGGGCUCUACAAACACAACAACCACCCCAACUCUAACAGCGCCUUCAGUCACCCCACCCGCCACGCACACCGGGUUGCCGCAGCAGGUUGCAACUCAACCUUCUAAUUUCCACGUAACACAAGCAGCCGCUCCUCCGGUAUCUACGCUUCCUGCUGUGGCAUUGUCACAGACUCAGCCCGCGAAGGUUAAAAAAGGCGUUAAAAGAAAAGCUGACACUACGACUCCUAUGGGUAGUUCCUUUGAAGGAGGCUAUACAACUCCUACGAUCGAUCAGCAAGGUGGCCCUAAACCAGCUAAAAUAUCAACAAGAAGAGAAAGCGGCAGACAGAAAAAGCCCGGACGAGUGGGAGACGACGGGUUCAAGAUGGGCGGUCUGUCGCCUGGCGUGGGCGGUGCGGGAGCGUCACACCACGCCGCGCUUACUCCACAGGCCGCCAAGAACAAAGAAAAACUCUCCGACGCGCUCAAGAGCUGCAACGAGAUACUUAAAGAACUUUUCUCUAAGAAACAUUCGGGUUAUGCAUGGCCGUUUUAUAAACCUGUGGAUGCGGAAUUACUAGGUCUACAUGAUUAUUUUGAUAUUAUUAAGAAGCCUAUGGACCUGGGCACAGUGAAACAUAAUAUGGAUCAUAGAGCGUAUAAAACGGCUGCCGAGUUUGCAGCAGAUGUCCGCUUAAUAUUUACUAAUUGUUAUAAGUAUAACCCUCCCGAUCACGAUGUUGUUGCGAUGGCUCGGAAAUUGCAGGACGUUUUCGAAAUGAGAUAUGCAAAGAUUCCUGAUGAACCAAGUCACGUCCAUGUCGGAGUUCCACAUAUGGACAAAGGAAGUUCCGCUUCUAGUUCCGAAUCAGGCUCGGAAUCUGACUCUGAGUCAGAUGACUCGGAGGAGGAAAGAAACAACAAGGUCAAAAUAUUAGAAAAAGAGCUCCUAGCGUUGCAGGAAAAAAUGAGAAAGCUCGUCGAGGAAUCAAAUAAUAAGAAGAAGGCGAAAAAGAAAAUGAAAGACAAACAGAAAAAACAAAUUACCAAUAAUGCAAUUCCCAAAACGAAUGCUGUGGCAGCUUCCGGGUACAACGCUAAAACGAACAACAUCGCUGAAAACCUAGCGACAAGCGUCCGAGGGAAGACUGGCAGUAAACGUGGCGCGGGCGCCAAUGCAGCUGGUGCGGCAGCCGUCACCGGACAAGCCAAGGCCGCGGCUCGCGCACCGGCGAAGAAGAAGAGCUCCACCCCCACCGCCGCACCUCCCCACCACGCACCACCACACCACCAGGACCCCGACACGGACGACGAGGAUAACGCCAAGCCCAUGUCCUACGACGAGAAGAGACAGCUCUCGCUCGACAUCAAUAAGCUGCCCGGUGACAAACUUGGCAAAGUAGUCCAUAUCAUCCAAAACAGAGAACCCUCGUUAAGGGACUCUAACCCGGAUGAAAUUGAAAUUGAUUUCGAGACGUUGAAACCAUCCACCCUUAGACAGUUAGAAAGCUAUGUCGCGUCAUGUCUGCGGAAGAAAACUCAUCGAAAGGUGUCUGGCAAAUCUAAAGAUGAACAAAUGGCGGAAAAGAAACAAGAGUUAGAAAAACGGUUGCAGGAUGUGUCAGGACAGUUAGGAAGCAAUAAGAAACAGCAACCUAAAAAAGAAGGAUGCAAGGACGGCCUCGGCGGCGGCAUGUCGUCGUCGUCCAGUUCGUCGGACUCGUCCAACUCGUCGUCCAGCACCGACACCAGCUCGUCGGACAGCAGCGACAGCGAAGCAGGUGCCAGCUCCGGAAAACCUUCCAAGAAAAAGGGAAAGAAGCAGGUUCAACAGCUGCCGCAGCAAACUAAAACGGUUCCAACCGUGGUGAGUGCGGUGGCUCCGCCCGCUCCGCCGCCAGUGCCGCCCUCGUCUUCCGAGCCCGCGGCGCCGCCCGAGCCCAAGCAUGAGCUGGUCCAACAGCCGUCCGCCCCCGCGACAUCCUCUUCCCCAAAUCCCGCACCCGCCCCGGACAUCAAACUGUCGCCUCCGGCUUCGCUCGCUCUACCUGUGCCUCCAGUUAACCACCCUCCUGUUACCAGUCUACCGGACUCGUCAAAGACGCCGUUGCUUAGGGAACAAAAGCCCCAAAAACCAUUGGUGAAAAGCGAACCUCGAAACGGUCUAGAUAAAGUAGACACGUCUCACUACAUAGAUCCUAUAGAGCGGUCGUUGGCCAGCUUGGAAAGAAGUCUUCAAGCCGACGUACCAAUGGAUGUCAGUGUGAGUGUCUCCGAGUCAUCGAUGAGACUAGAGGACUUUGCUCUGCCGAAACCUUCCAUUAUGCCAGACGCUACGCAUCACAAUCUAAUGGCCCAACUCGGAGGGCUCACGGACAUGACCCAUGUAACAGAGCAAAUCAAGAAUGAAAUGUACGUACAACCUCAUAACGGAUACGUAGAGAAGACCUCGCAGCAUGAGCGUGAGAUGUUGAGGUCCGAUAUGAAUCCUAACCUAGUGGGCAUGACCACAGCACCACCUGUGUCAUCCAUCUUCGACCCCGUAUACUCGGCUCCUCACACGCACGCCAUCACAGCACAGUCUCAUCUCAAUAUGCAGAGUGCUACGAACUUAAUGGCACCUAUAGUAAAAAAGGAAGACGUGAAACCGUUACUUACGCCAAAACCGAUCGAGGAUCUGAUGGUGCCUAAUAUGAUUACAAACAAUAUGAGUGAUAGAGCAAAAUACGAAAUGGAAAAGAAAAUAGAGGAUAGCAAAAAUUCUACUUUUGCUCAAGCUUUUAAACUAAAGCAAGAACAGAAUUUAAAAAAUGCUAGUUCUUGGUCGUCACUCGCUCAAGCCGGAAGUCCUCAGAGUAUUCCUAGCGUCGGAAACACCAAUCAAAUAAAACAAAAACCAGUUAUGGACAGUUUUCAAGCUUUUAAGAAACAGGCUCGAGAAAAGAUAGACAGGCAAAGAGCUUUAAUUGAGCAGCAGGAGUUGAGGAAGAAAGAGCAAGCGGAAAGAGAAAGACAACGUCAGGAAACAGAAAGGCGGCAUCCCGAGGAUGACAAAAUGAGGGUCGGUGUGAGUGCACGCAAGGUGGAGAGCGCGGAAGUGUCGUCACCGUCAGUGUCGCCGGUGGCGCGCGGCUCCCCGCCCGCAGCGCCCGCUGCUCCGCCCGCGCCCGCAGCACCCGACAAGCCGCCUAUCUCUGAACGUGACCGGCUCCGGCAACGAGAACAGGAACGCAGAAGGAGAGAGGCGUUGGCUGGGCAAAUUGACAUGAAUUUCCAAAGCGAUACGAUGGCGGCCUUUGAAGAAACACUGUAAUGUGUUGUGCUGGCCUUAUGUUAAAUUGUACAUAUGAGUAUAUAAAGUAAAUAAUAUGUCAAUGCAAUGUAUACAUAUGGUGAUAGUAUGACACCAGAGUGACGUGAUCGUUUUGUGUGUGAAUUGUUGACUAACAAUGUGGUUAAGUGCUGUGAAUAGAUAUACUUAUUAUAAAUUAAAAUGUUGUACUAUCAAUCUUGACUUCUUGGUUGCGUGCUGUAGGCAUUGACGAGGGGGUAGCAUUUUAAAAUAACUGUAAUAUAAUAAGUUUGUAUGCAAGUUCUUGAUGUAAACUCUCUUUACACUUGUAAGCCUAUAAUAUAUUUAUAUUUUGUUGUAGGAGCGUCUACCUUCCAACUUGUUUUAUAGUAUGUACUAAUAAUAAAUAGAAUGGUAGUAAUUGAAAUUGAAAAAAAAAAAUCAAAAAUAUUUUAUGUAAUUGAUGAAUAGACAAUCAACUUUUAACCAUGGAAUCUGUUAUUUCUUCAAGUGUCUUCACAUUACACAAUGGUCAAUGUUUUAUGUAAACAACAUUCAGAGUACUACACCUAACCAAGGUGCAAUGUGAAGUCAUAGUGCGUUAUGUAUUUAAUAGUAAAUGGAAUUUUUGUUACGUGUUCGAUUUUCGAUAAAUAUUGCUUAAUGUUAGUAGAUUUUUUAUCAGUCUGGCAACAGUAAACAGAUCAAAUGUCAUACAUUUGAUUUGAAAUAUAUUUAUUUUACAUUGGAAUAUGUCUUUUAUGUUGUAGUUAGAUGACUCCAGUGGAAAAUGUAUUAAAGUAUUAUGGAAAUUAAACAUACAUCAUAAGUUUAUGGUAUGUGUAAAAUUAAUACAGUACCAGCCCAAAACAAUUGUAUAUUGUUAAGAAAUUUUUUAUUUCAGCCAUUUUUCUAGACUCAAAUCAAUGUAGAUAUAAAGUAAAAUAUAUUGACAUUCCAUAUUGUACUGUGUUGUUUAAAUUGUGCAAAAUUGUUUAAAACAUUGUGUACAUGUUUAUCUGGAUCCACACUCUUAUGCAUCAUCCGACAAAUAAAUCUUAUGUCUAAACAUAAAAUAUGAAGAUUCAUUUAGUAUUUAUUCCAAGUUGGGACUUAUGAAAUAAAAAAAUCAGUUUUAUUUUAUAAAAUGCAUUGAAUUUAUGGCAGUAUUGUAAUUUACUAGAAGUAAGUAUUAACUAUUGAAAUUCACAAUACAAGUUUUGAAUUAUUAUAUAUACUGAACCAGGUAAUUAGCAAUAAAGUAUUUUCUAGAUUGUAUGUAUAUAAUUAGCUAGGCAGGACAUCAAAUGUAGAAAAUCAUGUAUAAUUUUUAAAACUUGUAGUAGUUAUGUGGCACUUUAACUUAAUAGGUUCUGUCCCAACGUGCAAAAUAAUUGUAUUUAUUCUUUUUAUAUCUAGAAUUUUGUUUUCAUAUAAAUAUUUAUUUAUAUAAGAACUGUUCUAGGUAAACAUAUUAAUACUAUAUACUGUACAUAAGACUAAGGGGUUUAAAAUAAAAGAAAGACAAAUUAUGACCACUAUAUACAAAUGGCCACUGCAAUUAUUGUAAAUUGCUUUUAUGCAACAAAGUGGUCUUUAUUUUGGAUAACACUUGUAACAUCAUCUGUUUUGGAGACAAGUGAGGUAGAUUUGUUAUAGAUUGCUCUUCUGAUAUCUGGAUAGUCAGCUAGAAAUUAGAUAGGUCGUAAAAAAAUAUUUGUAGGGCAGUGUUUAAUUUAGUCAGUUUAUGUUGUCAUUGAACACAUAUUGGAAUAAGGUUAAUUUGCGAAACCCUUUCUGCUUUAUUACCACUACAAUAAAUUUUGAACUGUCCUGUAAA